AUGAGAAUUGUGAUUGGAGGUACACGUGUCCACAAGACGAGGCAUUCAGAAACUGUCACAAGAGCUCUGGAUGACGUCCGCCAACUGUUCAAUACUGACGUGGACUUCGAAACCUAUUGGGAGAAUCGAUUUAAUCGGAGUCAGACCUUCGAUUCCAUCCAGGCUGCCAUCCAACAAGAGCUGGAAGACUCUUUCUCUUUCCUGAAUUUAGCCUUUUCUGUAAUCGAUAAGAUCGUGGCUGUGUCCAUAGUCUUUCUGCUCAUUCGAUCUUACCAAUAUCACAGUAAGUAUCGCACUAAAGAUCGCUUCGAUAAUUGCUACAUCACUGAGGAGUUUAAACUCCUGGACGAAAGGCGACAAAAGUCUGGCCGAGAACCGCUUCUACCCCUGAAGAAAUCGGAAAGACGUCGACUGAUCAACUUGUCGUCUGUGUCGCUUAGCAAACCAGAGAAAGGUCUCUUCAAGUUGGGUCUUGUGACGGUCCUUCUCCACGCUGUCAUCGCAGCUAUUCUUAUCCUAGCCGAUUACGGUCUGUUCUGGUUAUUGUCGCUCAUUUCUCGUCACGGUAGGGUGAAGUUUGAGAUCUCAGGCGGGGGAGGUACGGAUCUGACAAUCGGCGGUUCGGGGGUUCUCUCUAAGCUCAUCCAAUCUCUGUUUGUAGAAGGGUUUGCGGCUGCUAGCGAGUUUAACGUUACACUGGACACGGAGCACUGCCUGCCUAAUCCCGUCCCUCCCAAUGAAAUCCUUUCAGUAGGAAUUGGGGUGCUGUAUCUUACUGCUUUAGUCAUGGUUCUAUUCCAGGCUUAUGCCUUACGCCUGCGACGGAGAAUUGCCUCCUAUUUCUACCCAGAGAGAGAGCAAGAGCGAAUUCAUUAUCUGUACAACCACACCCUUCAAAGACGACAGAAUCUCUUCAAAUUGCUGAAGCAGAGAAUCAGGCAGACGAAGCAUGAGAUGGAGGUUGAGCAGAGAGUUAGUUUCGUAGCUUACCUUUCAGCAAAGUAUCCAUUCUGGAGGAGAGUCUUUCUUUGGUUAGGUCAAGAGAAACGGGUGUGUCUAGGCUGUGCAGAUGUGGACAAUGGGACUUUCAAAUCGUGUGGUAAUCCUGACUGUAGCGGACUGUACUGCCGUGAAUGCCUUCAUGAAAUUAACAGCACAUGUACGUUAUGUCAGGAGAUUGUUGUUGGGAGCGACCUGUCAAUAGGUGUUGUUGAGCACAGAGUCUGAACGACCCAUCCAAACGUCUGCUUAUCAUGCAGUGUGUUCCCUCGAAAUGGUGCAAGCAAAUACCAUUCAUUUGAAACAAGAGAUUCAACCUUGGUACUUAAUACUUAAAAGGUUUUAAAUCGAAAAAGUUAAAGAGGGCCUGAUGUUUUGAUGUUAGCAGAACAUUUUCUGAAAUUAAUAUUGACAAUCUUUCUUAGUGGUUUUAAAGGGUCGCUCAUUGCUUGAGAUAUGCGUUUUCUUAUUUAGAUUGGAUCCACUCAUAGAAAGUGGUUCAUGCACAACCUUGAUUCAUUGUUUUCACCUGAACGUAUCCCUUGAUAGCUUAAAAUAAAUACAAGUAAUAUGAAAAAAAAACCCAUCAAGCUAUCUAACGGUUUUCCUUUCUAAAACCAUGUAAUUUAUAAGUACCACCAUUUGAUAUUUUAUGUUUAAACCCAACAGUAUUUGCUUGUACCAUUCUGUCGAAAACCGGGGCAUGCCUUACCAACUGCCGCUUAUUCAAAUCCUAAAAUUAGCACAUUCUGCGUGCAGAAGAAUUGAACUUAUAAGAUAAUUAAAGAGUUGAAUGUGGAGGCUCCCCUUGCAAAACCGCUGACCUUCAUAACUAUCAUUUUCAGCAAUGCAUGUGUACAUGGUAUUAUUUCAAACCAUAAUACUACCGCCUUUUCAAUACUGCCAACCAAAAAGAAUUCUGAAGAAUGUCCAUGCCAAGCCAUACAUUUAACCUCUUCAAUACAGUCCGGGUCAACACAAUAUCAUGUUAAAUAAUAUUUACUGGACAAAUCUGGAAAAAGUUCUUCAAACAUAAUUGUGUGUAUAAUAAUAUCGACAAAUAAAUAAUAAUUGAAUCAAGACUGAACCUCGGAAGCGCCCAAUAAUAUACGUUUCAAAGUGUUAGGCCAGUAAGCAGGUUUCGGGUUUAUUACCUUUGUACUAACAUAAAGAAUUCUUUUGACAAUAAUUAUGCCACUGGUUUUUUGAUAGGGCCAUUUUUAAUUGAAGGAGUUGAUAACUGUGGGUUGUAUCACGUAGACGGUGUAGCAGUCAAGAAUCUCAUUAGCAUGCUCAUUACAACGAGUUUUCAAUAAUACCUGAUUUGGAAACUAAAUCAUGGUUUUUUUUAACAACAUGCGAAAAGAAGUAUCAAAUGUUUUUAAAAAUGGAUCAGAAUUGUGUUUUGUAUAAACAAAGCUUUUAAAUCUCAGUCUCGUCAAUUUGAAAAUGACUUUCCAUUAACCUUCUUUGGAAUACCACACUGUCAUAUAAAGAAUGUUUUCUCGUAGGUCUAUAUACAAAUAUAUAUGUAAACAAUUUCGUUAUUUUUGAGUAUUUUCGUGAAUCGAUCAGAUAUAUUUAAAAUCGAAUUCCUUCAUGUGAGCCUAUAUUUAAUUAAGCAACAUAAAAAAUGGACGUUUUUUCUUGGAAAUAAUGUAUAUAUUACGCGACCUUGACAAAAUAAAUAUGCCAGAAUUUUA